GGCUUGAAUCAGGAGUAGGAGGAGGGUCAGACAGGCAUGAUGAUGAUAGAGGAAAUUUGUAAAGGGUAAAAAAGCUGGUCCCGCAGACUGAGGUCAGUCCGAUUCCAACGAGCAAUCACUGCAGUGCUAACUAGUCUGGGAAGGAGGAGAUAGAGAGAGUGGAGCCACAAGCCCACCCGCAAUAUGAUCACACACGCGCCAAUGGAAUAAGCAACAAAACAGUUGGAAAUCGAAAUCAAUCUUCACCGUCCACGAGGAAUUCGAUAUUAAAUAGGUUAUUUUGGUUUUACGCACAAAAGAUGACGUUUGAACCUCUUUCCUUUUACGUGACGCAAAGUUUAGACACGUCCGGGUAGACAGACAACUUUAGGCUAGCUAUAUAUUUUAGGAUUUCAUUACGCGUUUAAGUUUAUCCAUUCCGACUUCGUAACCAGACAUUGCAUUUAGAUUUAUUGUUUAUCCUAAACCAACUGUCAGCAUAUAACUGAGGAUGAUCAUGUUUUCCCACGAGUUAUUCGUCUCCUUCCUCGCGGUUACCUGUCUGUUUAGUAUACCCAGAGCGUCUUCGGCGGCAUGUGAGCCCAUUCGGAUCCCUCUGUGCAAGUCCAUGCCCUGGAACAUGACGAAAAUGCCCAACCACCUCCACCACAGUACCCAGGCCAACGCAGUCCUGGCCAUUGAGCAGUUUGAAGGGCUUCUUGGCACCCAGUGUAGUUCAGAUUUACUGUUCUUUCUGUGCGCCAUGUACGCCCCAAUAUGCACAAUUGACUUCCAACACGACCCUAUCAAGCCCUGCAAGUCGGUGUGUGAGCGUGCGAAAUGCGGCUGUGAACCUGUGAUGAAACGGUAUAAUCACACCUGGCCAGAGAGCUUGGCCUGCGAGGAUCUGCCAGUCUACGACCGGGGAGUCUGUAUCUCACCUGAGGCCAUUGUAAAAGCAGAAGGACCAGACAACCCUUACUAUCAGGACCCCACAAAAUGCUCACCUGAAUCAACUCCUGACUUUCCAAGUGAUUCUCACAAUGUCAACUGUAAAGGAGCCAACAAUGAUCGUUGCAAGUGCAAGUCAGUUAAACUGGGUCUCAAGACCUACCUAAAGAAUAAUUACAACUAUGUGAUUCGUGCAAGGGUGAAGGAGAUUAAAAACAGGAAUCAUGACUUGAGUGCAAUCGUGGAGGUCAAAGACAUCCUGAAGUCUUCCUUUGUUAACAUCCUUCGUGAUACCGUUACACUGCACUACAACUCUGGCUGUCCCUGUCCUCCUCUCACCGCCAACGACGAGUACAUCAUCAUGGGUUAUGAGAAUGAGGAGAGGUCCAGGCUUCUGCUCAUCGAAGGCUCCAUUGCACAGAAGUGGAAGGACCGUAUGGGGAGGAAGGUGAGGCGUUGGGACCAGGUACUGAGGGACCAGAGCCGGGGGAACUCUGGCAGAAGCAAUAUGCGGAGGACCCGCCACUGAUCAACCAAGGCGCGUCCCUGUGCAGUGAUGACAGGGUUGCAAAAUUCCUCUAACUUCCCAGGUUUUCUAGAAAUCUUGGUUUGAAGAUUUUGGGAAUCAUGAGGAAAUAAGCAGGAAAUCUGCAGUCCUUAAACCAGGAUUUAUGGAGAACCUGGGAAUUUGGGGAAUGUUACAGAAAUUUUGCAGCCCCAAGGGAUGACAUAUGGGACAACAUUUGGAGACAAGAUAGAAAGAAAAGUGUUUGCAGACAGAAAACUGAGAAAUUGCACUAUUGCACGUUUAUUUUUUAACCAUUGUCACAAUUUAGAUAAGUCAUAGCUGAAUGUAGAUCAUUUUUUAGUUGUUGCUUUGUUUUGUAUUAUUUUUGUUUAAUUCUUUGUUUUCAUAAUAUUUUUUUUGCACAAACAACAUUUUCAUUUAACCGUGCUAAAUGUGUGGGUAUACAGUUGGAGAAUGAUUGGGAGCCUUGCAUGGGACUUUGCUGGAGGAGUGACAAUGACUGCAUCCCAAAUGGCACCCUAGUACUACCUACAGUACCAGUCAAAAGUCGGGACACACCUAAUCAUUCAAGGGUUUCUUUAUUUUUACUAUUUUCUACAUUGUAGAAUAAUAUUGAAGACAUCAAAACUAUGAAAUAACACAAAUGGAAUCAUGUAGUAACCCAAAAAGUGUUAAACAAAUAAAUAUAUAUCAUAUUUGAGAUUCUUCAAAGUAGCCAUCAUUUGCCUUUGACAGCUUUGCACACUCUUGGCAUUCUCUCAACCAGCUUCACCUGGAAUGCUUGUCCAACAGUCUUGAAGGAAUUCCUACAUAUGCUGACCACUUGUUGGCUGUUUUUCCUUCACUCUGUGGUCCAACUCCUCCCAAACCAUCUCAAUUGGGUUGAGGUCGGGUGAUUGUGGAGGCCAGGUCAUCUGAUGCAGCACUCCAUCACUCUCUUUGGUCAAAUAGCCCUUACACAGGCUGUAGGUGUAUUUUGGGUCAUUGUCCUGUUGAAAAACAAAUGAUAGUCCCACUAAUUGCAAACCAGAUGGGAUGGCGUAUCGCUGCAGAAUGCCCUGGUAGCCAUGCUGGUUAAGUGUGCCUUUAAUUCUAAAUAAAUCAUUGACAGUGUCACCAGCAAAGCACCAUCAUACCUCCUCCAUGCUUCACAGUGGGAACCACACAUGCGGAGAUACUCUGCGUCUCACAAAGACAUGACAGGUGGAACCAAAACUCUCAAAUUUGGACUCAUCAAACCAAAGGACAGAUUUCCACUGGACUAAUGUCCAUUGCUCGUGUUUCUUGGCCCAAGCAAGUCUCCCCUUUAUUAUUGGUGUCCUUUAGUAGUGGUUUCUUUGCAGCAAUCCGACCAUGAAGGCCUGAUUUACGCAGUUACUUGAACUCUGUGAAGCAUUUAUUUGGGCUGCAAUUUCUGAGACUGGUAACUCUAAUGAACUUAUCCUCUGCAGCAGAGGUAACUCUGGGUCUUCCUUUCCUUUGGCGGUCCUCAUGAGAGCCAGUUUCCUCAUCGCGAUUGAUGGUUUUUCAGACUGCAGUUGAAGAAACUUUAAAGGUUAUUUACAUUUUCCGUAUUGACUGACCUUCAAUACGUCUUAAAGUAACAAUGGACUGUUGUUUCUCUUUGCUUAUUUGAGCUGUUCUUGCCACAAUAUGGACUGGGUCUUUUACCAAAUAGGGCUAUCUUCUGUAUACUACCCCUAUCUUGUCACAACACAACUGAUUGUCUAAAAUGCAUUAAGAAGGACAUAAAUUACAUUUUAAGAAGGCACACCUGUUAAUUUAAAUGCAUUCCAGGUGACUACCUCAUGAAGCUGGUUGAGAGAAUGCCAAGAGUGUGCAAAACUAUCAUCAAGGCAAAGGGUGGCUACUUUGAAGAAUCUAAAAUGUAUUUUGAUUUCACACUUUUUGGCUUACUACAUGAUUCCAUAUGUGUUAUUUUGUAGUUUUGAUGUAAUCGCUAUUCUACAAUGUAGCAAAUAAGAAAAACUCUGGAAUGAGUAGGUGUGUCCAAACCUUUGACUGGUAUUGUAUAUAGUGCACUACUUUUGACCAGAGCCCGGUGAAUGGGUUGCAAUUUGGGAAGCACAAUUAUCAGAAGCACUCUAAAGUCAAAAUAUCUAUAUUUAUCUAGCAGCUAGACUGCACAUUGUAUUAAGUGGAUGUCUGUCUUUAAGAUACCAAACUGCAUUAAUAUGAUGGGGUGCUCUGUUAAGCUUUAUUUCUUUCAAAGGAAACACAAACGAGUUGUAAUCUGGCUACAGCUGCAAUGAAUGUUCACCUACAAAAUGAUGAGAGGGUAUAUUUUUGGAGUAUGCAAAGAAACGGCAGAAUAAUCCUAGAGGACAGAGUAUAUCAUGUAAUUGAUGACAACAUUGAGAUAUUGAAAUAAUGAUUGGUUUACAUGUAAUCUCUCUCUCACAAAAAGUUUGAAUUGCUUGCCUAUGUUUCACAUGCUUUGUAGCUCAUAUGUAGCAACAUGAUUUACAAAGCGUCUUUCUUACAGACGUUUUUGGUGCUUUGGGUUUUUCUAAACUGAACUGUUGAUCUAUACAUCACUGGUUUGACGUCAUACACAACAUACAAACAUAUAUCAAUCUAUGAAAUGCUAACGACCUUUCAAUUGUGAUUGUAAAUCUGGUUUCAGUGUUUUAUUAAACAUUGUCUGGCUGGUGUCAUGACCAACACAUACUCCAUGUCUGUC